UCGAAAGGACAAGAAAUGAUCUCCUCACCAUGGGAUGCCUCUAAGCAUAUGGAAUCUGCUGCUGCUUUAGCGAAGGAGCUUGGAUGCUGGAAUGAAGUAUCUGAUUUCUAUCGUAGAGCUUCAGAAUUAUGCCGCGAAUGUGGAAGGGCCCAACCUGCAUCGGAUGCUCUAGCAAAGGGUGCCAGUGCCUUGGAGGAGAAAUCUCCUGAAGAAGCUAUUAAAAUGUAUGAUGAGGCUUGCACAAUUCUAGAAGACGAUGGGAAGGAACAGAUGGCUUUUGACUUGUAUCGUGCUGCUGCAGCGUUGUACAUUAAGAUGGAGAAGUAUUCAGAUGCCGCUGCUUUCUUUCUAAGACUUGGUUCUGCUGCCGAUAAGUGCAAUGCCAUGAACAGCCAAUGCAAGGCUUAUCUGAGUGCGAUCAUCAUCUACCUUUACGCGCAUGAUUUUCAGCAAGCUCAGAAAUGCUACAAUGACUGCUCAGAGGUUCAAGCCUUCCUCAAUAGCGAUCAGAACCGAUGUGCAACGAAACUGUUAUCCGCUUAUGAGGAAGGUGAUGCUGAAGAAAUCAAACGUAUUGGUCAAUCGAGUGCCUUCAAUCACCUUGACCAUGUGGUGAUUAGGCUCGCAAGGAAGCUACCAACAGGUGAUCUGCAGGCCAUUAAGAAAGCAGCUGAUGAUGGCGAGGACUCCUUGGACGAGGAUGACCUAACUUAAAACGAACUUCCAAGGUCAAAAUGCGGAGAUCAAACAGGCGAAGGGACACUCAAAGUAUGCCAUCAAUGAGCAGGAACAGUCGUAAAAAGAAGUAAUGUGAAUUACAUACUAAAAACUUGUGGGCGGCAUCUGUAUCAUGAAAUUUGUCACGCUUAGUUCUGCUACAUAUCUACAUAUCUAUUGGUUCGGUGGUAUUGAGACUAUUGGUAUAUGUUUAUGUU